UAAAAAAGCAACAUGUACAACAUGGAAAAUUUGAUACGAGCGAUGGGAAAUCCAGGAAAGUUGCAAGUGUUUAUCUUCUCUUUGAUAAGCGUUAAUUUAAUGAUAAUGUUAUCUACACAUUUCACCAUGAUAUUUUAUGGAGCAAAGACGGAGCACCACUGUAAGCUUGAUGUUGCUGAAAAUGUCAGCGAUUUUAUACCAUUCAACGCUGAAAGUAACAACAAAGAACGCGAUAGCUGCCAAAUGUUUGAGAGUAUGAAUAACUCAAAAAGGAUACCGUGUAAAAAUGGUUGGACUUACAUCAUGAAAGACAAUGAAAGAACAAUUAUCUCUGAGUUUGACCUGGUGUGUGAUGAUGCAUACAAAGUGGACUUGUCUACAACAAUUUAUUUCACUGGUGUUACAUUGGGUGGAAUCUUCUUUGGUGUCAUUGCUGACAAGUUUGGCAGAAAACCUGUCAUCGCUUUUACUUUAUUAGCGGCAGGAAUACUGAACAUCGCCAUCUUUAUAUUCAGAUAUUAUAUUGCUUUCGCUAUCUUUCGAUUUUUUCUUGGUCUGAACAUGCAGGGUCUUCAGAGCUCCAGUGUAGUUCUUGCUAUGGAACUUUUUCCGACAAGAUAUCGCAGCCAUAUUGGUGCACUGUGUGGUCUAAUAGCCAAUAUUGGAGGCCUUUGUUUGGGAGUGCUUGCCUUCAUCAUCAAAGAUUGGAGAUAUCUUCAACUGGUGCUAUCUGUUGUACCAUUCAUGCAGAUGUUUUCUUUAUGGUUUAUACCAGAGUCAGUACGUUGGAACAUGUUACAUGGCCAUUUUAGAAAAGCUGAAAGAGUUGUUCGCAGAAUUACAAAGGCAAAUAGACUCGAUUUUCCAGAGGAGACGUUUCAAAACGUUAAAGAACAAUCAGAGAAAGAAAUUAGCAUUCUCAAAACAAAAAAUACAGCCAGCAUACUCGACGUCUAUAGGGAACCUUCCUUGCGCACGAUAUCUCUUAUUUUGACUGUUGUUUGGUUCAGCAUAACGAUUACUUUCUAUGGUUUAUCCUUUAACAUUUCUUUCCUGUUUGGAAACAAAUAUUUCAAUUUUAUUUUUGGUCAAGUCCUUGACGUAUUGAUGAUUUCAUCUCUGUUAUGGUCCCUUCCAAGAUUUGGAAGGCGAAAACCAUUGCUCGUUAUGUUAGCUUUUUGUACUGUUGCUUUGGUAACAUGCGCUUUGAUCGCUGGUACAAAUACAGAUUCGAAAAAUGUAAACUUGAUUCGAACGAUUGCAGCGCUUGGAGGAAAAUCUCUUUCAGGGACUCUUAUCAUUGUCAUGAUAUUGUACACAGCAGAGCUUUAUCCUACCAUACUCAGGAAUAUUGGUUUUGGGGUGGCUAUGUUUUGGUGUCGUCUUGGUGCCAUGGUUGCUCCACAACUUUUCUUUGUUGGUAAAACGACAUCUAUUGUAAUACCUUACAUUAUCACCGGCAUCCUACUACUGUUCAGCAGUAUUUUAGUGUUAUUUCUACCAGAAACUUUUCAGCAAGUGCUAGCAGAACGGUUUGGACAAAAAGGAGAGGAUGACUGUAAAGACCAAUCACAAAAGACAAAGGACAGGGAUAAUUUACUGGAGUCGAAUUUGUGAAUGAAAUUGCAAUUGGAAAAAUAAUUUGCAUUUUAAUAAUCAUUAAAAUAGGUUUUUGAAAGUUGCCAAAUUUAGAAAGAAUUUACUGGUCUUUUGGACUAAUCAGAAAUAUGUAGAAUAGAAUUUACAACAAAAUUGAGUAAAUGUUGAUGUAUUUUACUGACUAGAAAAAGUUCAGCGACUAUUGCAUGAAAGGUGAACGAAUUGCCGUUCGGUCAGUGAACCUUGGUAUGAUAAAAUUUGAAGCAAGUAAUUAUUGAUGCGGAGAAAAUCAGAUUAAAAGUGACGUAGUUUGAAUCCAG